AAAACAAUGCCAAACAUAAUAAAUACGGCGCGCACGUUCGGUCCGUUCUUCGAAGAUUAAAAACAAAUGCCAUACAUAAGCAAUCUGGGUGACGAUCUCGAAAAUAGCACAGUGCUUCAGUAACAUGUAGUGGCCAUUGCAAACUUGCAAACGGACCUUCGUUUGGCCACACCUCUGUUGAUUGAUGGGCCCAGUUUGCAUGCCGGCAAAUAUGCAGUUGCCCAUUGCAAAUCCCUCUAGAGAGGUAAAUCCUUCAAGCGAGCUGCAGAAGCAAAUUCAGCGACAUGUGCUCGCGGUUGUCCAGUUCAUACUUUCCGUUGUGGUUGGUUUUGCGUUCGGCUUCGUCGGCAUCGAGCUGCUGAUCGGGCAGCUAGAUUUCGGGUUCCGACUGUUGCUCGGCAUUAUCAUCGCAUUGAUCGUGGCACUGGCAGAGAUAUACUUUCUAGCGGUAAAGCUAAACGAGGCGGAUGACUUACCAGCCUCGGUGACGGGCACAAUGAAGCAGCAUCAAGAGUAG